AUGGCGGCACCCAAAGCUGUACAGCAAGAGGUUGACCACCAUGACACUGAAGAAUACGAUGAAUUCCAAAGCCCCGAUAAAGCAACAUCCGUUGCCAUUGGCGGCAUCGAUGAAGACUACGACAUUGAGUCGGACAACUCGCCUAUGCCCGAAGUACGCGCCAAUGUCCCAAAUGUCGAUGAUCCAUCCAUGCCGGUAAACACCUUACGCAUGUGGAUCAUAGGCAUCUUCUUCACAGUUAUUGGUACCGGUAUCAAUCAGUUCUUCUCUAUGCGGUAUCCCAGUGUGACCAUCUCUUCUCUCGUCGCCCAGCUCGUCGCCUUCCCGGUUGGCCGUGCCGUAGCUCACAUGCUGCCCAUUAUGAAAAUCCGCCUGUUUGGCCGGGACAUUGCCUUGAAUCCGGACCACCAUUUCAACAUCAAAGAGCAUGCCGUCAUCACCAUCAUGUCAAACCUCUCGUUUGGUCCAUCGUGGGCAACGGACAUUAUCCAGGCGCAAAAAGCUUCGGCAUUCUACGGGCUCAAAACACCUGCAGGAUACCAGUUCCUUCUCGCGCUGACCAUGCAGCUCUUUGGUCUUGGGAUGGCUGGCAUGGCUUACAGGUUUAUAGUCGAGCCACCUCAUAUGGUGUGGCCGUCAACGCUGGCCAAUGCAGCUCUGUUUCAAACUCUACAUGGGAGAGCUAAUCCCGCAGCAGAUGGUUGGACCGUCUCUAGGUACCGAUUCUUUAUGCUGGUAUUCGCGGGAGGUUGGCUGUGGUACUGGCUGCCUGGCUUUCUAUUCACUGGCCUUAGUACUUUUGCCUUUAUUUGCUGGGCAGCGCCAAACAACGUCGUUGUCAAUAACCUCUUUGGCAUGAGUACCGGUCUUGCCUAUCUGCCUACGACCUUCGACUGGUCCCAGAUUGCAUACAACGGCUCACCACUCGUGGUACCGUUUUGGGCGCAAGCAAACGUCUUUGCUGGCUGGGUCAUUAUCUUCGCGUUAAUCACACCCAUCCUAUACUACACCAAUACCUGGUACACCGCAUAUCUGCCCUUUUCUGGCGCCGAUACGUAUGACAACACCGGCAACGUUUACAACGCUACCCGUGUUGUUGACAAGCACGGAAAUUUCCUGGUCGACGAGUAUCAUAAAUACAGCCCCAUCUUCAUGCCCGUCACAUUCGCUCUAAGCUAUGGCGUCUCAUUCGCAGUCAUGAGCUGCGUUCCAACGUACAUCUUCCUCAACUACUGGCGGGAGAUUGUCGGAGCGUUUAACCCACAGAGAAAAAAGGACAUUCACGCUCGGCUGAUUGAGCGGUACAAAGACACACCAUGGUGGUGGUACGCCGCCCUGAGCAUCCUAGUCUUUGGCCUCACCAUCAUGGUCCAGGAGGUGUAUCACACGGGAAUGCCGGUCUGGGGCAUAGUUGUCGCCUUUGGGCUCGCCGUUUUCUACCUCAUCCCAACGGGGAGUGUAUUUGCCGUGGCCAAUCUGAACAGCAAUGUUUUAACCGUUCUCGGCGAGAUCAUCUCCGGCUACCUCAUCCCUGGGAAACCCAUCGUCAUGCUCAUCUUCAAGUUCUACGCGUACACUGGUCUCAGCCAAGCCAUGAUCUUUGCGUCAGACAUGAAACUUGGUCUGUACAUGAAGAUUCCGCGACGGACCUUGUUCGUCGCACAGCUGACUGCCUGCAUCGUGGGGUCCCUGACGCAGAACGCAGUUGUUCUCUUCAUGCUGAACAAUGUUGAUAACAUUUGCGAAAGCGACCAGAAGAACAAAUACACAUGUCCGCAAGGUCGCGUCAACUUCUCAUCCAGUGUCAUCUGGGGCGCCAUUGGUCCCGCUCGGCUGUACAGCAUCGGCAAGAUGUACUCUGGGCUGCUGCAUCUCUUCUGGAUAGGCGCGUUAUUACCCGUGUUGACGUUCUUUUUGAAGAAGAAGUUUCCGGGUUCGAAAUUGCUAGCGAACCUGCAUUGGCCGCUGUUCUUUGCUGGCACUGGAAACGUGCCGCCCGCCACUGGCAUCAAUUACACGUCCGCGUUUGCUGUUUCAUUCAUCUUUAACAAAUGGAUUCGGAAAAAGUAUCCGCAUUGGUGGGGGAAGUACAACUAUGUUCUUUCGGCGGCGCUUGACUCUGGUCUUGCCAUUGCAGCUAUCGUGAUCUUCUUCGCUGUAGUCUUCCCGGGAGUGAGUUUGAGCUGGUGGGGGAAUAAUGUGCAAGGAACGACUGUAGAUGGACAGGGUAUUCCUUGGAAAGCGUUGCCUGAAAGUGGAACCUUUGGUCCUGCGGAAUGGUCGUAA